AGGUCUGUUCUUGUUGCAGGCAGGGCCAAAGUUUGUCAAAUUAUCACACGGUGUAAUUUUCGGGACUAAAGUUAACGGAGUGUAUGUGUUAGCAGGCCGUAUGAAUAGACACUAACCCGUAUAAACCGCGACGACUGAAUGACACCCGCACAACGUGUGAUUUUAUCUACGCCUGCGCACUCCGUACAGAAUAUCGAGCCGCCCUUCCUCCGCGCCAACUUGCACCGCAGGGUUGGACAGACGUCGACUCACAACAGCCCUGAGUUGAUUUCCUGACCUAAUUGGUCAGUUUUCCUGGACAAAAUGGAUAGCCCACAUCGUAUCGAAAACGAUCCACCUCUCCUGUUGCAGGCCCUACGCCUCUUCAUACCUCCCCUGCGCCUGGUGUCUGCAGCCAUGUGGCACGUCGUGCAGAGGGGAAAUGUGCAGGAGUAUGGGAUGGUGGAGGAGUUCAUCAGCACAGUAACAGAAAUUGUGCCUGAGCUGCUGAAUGCAGAUCAGAAGGCUCAGCUCCUGCUGGGACUCAGAGCUCGGGUGGUUCUGGAGUUGUGUCAUGCUGAGCAGAUAACAGACAGAGAAACCAUUGAGAUGCACUUGGACCGCAUCAAGGCCCUCAUAUCCACUUGGGCAGCGCAGCCAUGUUUUGCAGAGGUUGAGUUUCCCGAAUCAAACUUUGUGGACCAAGUUGAAUUGUUGUUGAAGGACCCUGAAGAGAAGGAGAAGUUCUUCCAGGAUGUUUUCCCGACAGAUUUUGGGCCUGAAUAUGACAGCGCUCUGCAGGUGCUAAUGCUGGAUUUCUUAUCCAGACUGGAAAAGCUUCUUCCAGUACCAGACAUUCAACAGACUGCAUCCAUGCUCAGUGCCGUCCCAUCCGCCCUGGAGGAGUGUGCACACUCAGUUCCUGAUCCGAAGCACCUGAAAACUGUGCUCCUGUACCACACAACACUCGGACAUUUUGAUUUAUCUGAUGAAACUCAGACCAUUCCAUCUUCGUUUGGAAAUUGCAUCCUCUCUUCACUUUCCCUCCCUCAGCUGGAGAAGGUUGUGAUCGAUCCUGACCAAAUACAGCUACAGCCUUCGUCAGAGCAGAUGCAAGGCUGUAUGACCGUCCAGGUGGAGGGUGAAACUGUGACACUGCUGGACUAUAUACACAUCGAACAGCCACCCAGUUUGGUGGAGCCUGAUGAUCAUGAAGAGAAUGAUGUAAACGAGGAAGAAACAGCUGGAGAUGCAACACACGAGGACACAGGCGACACCUUAAAGCCAGCAGCUUUUCAGCCACUUAAACAAAGCAAAAGGCUCCAGCUGAAGAGAAAAGCUUUAAAAGAAAAGAAAGACUUAAUGACAGCUAAGAGGCAAAGAAAAAAAUACCCCAACAAUAAGACAUGUCCUGUCUGCAAUAAGACUUUCCUUCGAGCUGCAGCCAUGAGACGGCAUCAGGAAAUUCAUGAUGCAAAUCGGGACCUCAAGUACAAGUGCGCCAACUGCGACAAACGAUUCAGGGACCAUUAUGACAUGAACCGACACACCAUGCGUGUUCACGAAAAGGGAGACAUGAGCAUAAGCCCUAAAGAAGAGGACUUAGGGGAUCCUAGCACUUCAGAGAUUUUAGAAAACAAAAAUUGUUCUCUGUGUGGGAAAUAUUUUGCCCGCCGGGUAGACAUGGAACGACACAUGAAGUCCCACUCAGAGGACCGCCCAUAUAAGUGCUCUUUCUGUGAGAAGAAGUUUAAGAAUCCUUAUGUGUUAAAGAGACACCAGAAGGAGAUUUGUAAGAGCAGAGAGCAGAAAAAGCCUAAGAAGAAAGAGACAAUGCGCUCAAAUCCACAGCCACCCUUAGAGGUGUCGAUGGAGGGCAAAGUCUGUCCCAUCUGCAGCCGGAUUCUUCCGUGCACCGCUGACAUCGCAAAGCAUUUACGGUCUCACUCAGAGGAGCGUCCUUUUAUUUGCAUCACUUGUGAGAAGGGCUUCAAGUACAAAGACACGUUAAAGAAACAUCAGAUUAUUCACGGUCAUGAAGGCAUCAGGGAGGAACAGAGCAAAACACUGGAACAGAUUCUGGCUGAAGCUGACACUCAGACCGGUGGUGAUACUGGUGGCCUUGACAAACAAGAAAACAAUCCAGAUGCGCCUGCAGACACGUUGGAGGAGUCCCUGUCUGUGCCUGUGCAAAAAGUCAGCAAAAAGGCCCUUAAGGUGUGCCCGGUCUGUUCUAGGGCAUUUGACAGUGUCAAAACACUGAACCGGCACAUACAGUGUCACACAGACGAUCGGCCGUAUCAUUGCGUCCACUGCAAGAAGCGGUUUAAACACAUGCACGGCCUGAAGAGACAUCAGAUCUAUGCCAUUUGUCAUAAGAAAACUGCAAGAUUUACAUGGAAAAAAGAGCCAAAAGCGGGGCCCAGUCAGAGUGAAGUGAUUAGUUCAGACUCCCAACAGGGUCCACUGCUCAAGAUACCUGUGUGGUGUUCAAACUGUGGUAAGCACUUUGAGUACCUGUCAGCUUUAAAGGAGCACCAGGAGAACAUUUGCAAAAUCGAAGUGACGGAAAUCAUGAAAUGUGACGAUUGCAGGAAAGAAUUCAAGAGCAUGACGAUGCUCAAAGUGCACCAGAGGAUUCACGAUCCGCUCUACUGCAAAGAGUGUGGAAAGAUACUGGCAAACGAGCCUGCUUUCGAGAGGCACAAAUUGAUGCACAGACCGAUGCAGUGCACAAUGUGCGAGAAGAAUUUCACCUUACUGAGGCGCUUGAGGGAACACUACGAGAAGCAGCACAGCUUCAGCGGGCCGUAUCCUUGUGCACAAUGUGACAAGACCUUCAUCCAGCUGUCCUACCUUGCCAUCCAUCAGAGAAUCCACAAGGGGGAGUUCCCUUACAUUUGUAACAUGUGCCCAGAGAAGUUCAGGUCCUCCAACUGUCUGACGGUGCAUCAGCGGAAGCACACCGGGGAGAAGCCCUUCCUGUGCUGGCAGUGUGGAAAAUGCUACCGCUCUGCGUCCGAGCUCACAGUCCACAUGGGAACCCACUCGGAGGAGAGACCCUGGGCCUGCACACAGUGCGACAUGGCUUAUCGCACCAAGCUGCAGCUGACAAACCACGUGGAGCAAAUCCACAUCGGCGUCAGGUAUCCCUGCAACAACUGCGGCAAACAGUUCAUGAAGGAGACGUCGCUGAAGAGGCACGAGCUCAUCCACACAGGCGAGAGGCCACAUCAGUGCACAGUGUGUGGAAAGACCUUCCUGACUGCCAACGAGCUCCGGCUCCACAACAGGUACCACACCGGAGAGCGCCCGUACAAGUGUGAGGUGUGCGGCAAAGCCUUCAUUCAGUCGGGCUACUUGAAGUCACACAUGCGCAUCCACACAGGAGAGAAGCCAUUUAAAUGUGACAUAUGCGACAAAGGCUUCAGGUUGUCGUAUCACAUGAAGAAACACAGGCGGACUCACGCUGGGAAGCCAAAGAGCUACAUAUGUGAGGAGUGCGGGGUAGCGUUCCUCCAGAAAAAGUCCCUCUGGGAACACUCGCUCACUCACGAUGUGAAAAUUGAAUCGUCUUUCACUGAUGAAGUGAGGAUAGAAUUUCAGUAGAAACCUCUGGUUCGUUUUCAUGCACUUGUUCUACUUUAAACAAUGUCCAGGUGUCCAAAACACUUGUUUUUUUAGAAGUUUGAUUUAGUUUGUAAGUCGGUGCUCUUCAUUGUUCCUUGUUGCAUCGUUGUGUUGAUUCACGUUAUGAAUGAUCAAUAAGGCAUGUAUGUAUUGGAAUCCAAGGAAUAAUUUCUGCUUAGAUUGCUUUAUGAAAUAAAUUAACAUUGAAUAUUA